CUGUGCUUUGGAGAUAGAGUUGUGUAGAAAGUUUUAGAGUUACAUCGGGAUUCAAAGGCGGUGGAUUGUUUCCUGCGCAACAGAAACAGGCAUUCACAGUAGAAUAAAAAUACGAUGGAACCAAUGAAAAACUACAAAGACUGACAAACAAGCAAAGGGCAAAAGAAGACAAACAGCGCAAGUACUAGAUAAAUAGAUAGAUGUCUUCUGAAACUCAGGAGCUGUCCAGAACAUUGACAAAUUGUGGUUUCCGUCCACGCAGAAGUCCCGAUGCUUUAGCUGUCUGCAACCUGAAGCAAAUCUUCAUCUGUCUUCCACUGAGACUCUUGAGACCUUUGGAAUGAAACACGACCCCCUACAAUUCCUUCUUUGGAUUCCUGACUCUACCAGAGACCUUUGAUUCUCUCUUCCAAUUGAACACAGGAGGGGUGUGCCAGGCCUCCAUUACACCCCAUCCUGUACAAGGCAUGACAGCACGAGACCCAGCAGAUGGGCCAGAUUAAGUAGCCUAACCUGAGGCCGGGUUCACACUAGAAACUGAGUACAAACAGGAGAGAAAAGUGAAGAUAUUUUAUUCCCUACAGUCACAAGAUUUUCUUAUAAUUGAGCUGAUCUGUGGAAGACUACAUUGAGUGGCUUUUUUUUUAAAGUAAGAAGUAUAUUUUGAAAUGAUUGUCUGCAUUCUUCUUGCUUGAGGUACUUUCUGAGAAAGUGUGAAACUGAUUUUAAAAAGCACAACAUUCCUUAUUACAAAUUAUUGGAAGAGCUUCUUUACCCGCAAACAAACCUGGAGCAAAAAUACAGAAGUUGGAAGUUGGAUUUGAGUUCCAGUCAGUUCCAGUCUUGUGGUAGAAUGAAGUGGUGCUGAUGAUCUUGACUUUGUACGUUGGGUAACCGAUUUGUAGAGCCGUGUUGUUUAAGGUCAGGAGAUAAAGAGGAAGAACGAUGAGCUUGGCAAAGUUGCCCGUCUUCAAGAACCUGGUACCUGGUUCCCACAGCAAGCGGAGGGUCAAGUCGGACCUGACCACGGACAUGAUCAGCCCCCCGCUGGGAGACUUCCGACACACCAUGCACGUGGGGCGAGGCGGUGAUGUCUUCGGUGAUACCUCCUUCCUCAGUGAUCAUGGUGGCGAGAAGGCCCGCGAGGGUGCCAAGUCCAACCCCCUGAUGCGAGCACUGAGGAACGUCAGGAAGUCCCCGAUGAGGAACACCAACCGGGAAGUGUCCCCGCCGCCAGUGGUGUCUCCCAUUAUUAAAAACGCAGUCUCCCUGCCUCAUCUGUUGGAGACCAAGAAUGGGUCAGUGGAACGACUCAACUUCAAGACUGUGAUGUCAAGUCCAGGAGUAGUAGACGGAUCAUACGGACUGGAGUCAGGAUUCUGCACCCUUCCCAGAUGGUCCAGGCUGGAGAAAUCCAAGGAUACGUCGUCCAAGGUGGAGCCAGCAAAGCCGCUGGAAGAUCUGGACAUGGCUGACUUGGAGUUGCCUCGCACGGACUCCCUGCUGUCCUUCAGCCUGGAUCUGGGGCCUUCGCUGAUGAGCGAGGUGCUGGCUGUCAUGGAGCCCGAAGGCCAGGUAGAGAAGGGAUCUCCGCAAGUCCCGGAGAACGGGGCAAAGCUAGUGAAGUUCCACCUGGAUGGACCUCUUGACCAGCGGAAUGGCACAGGACACCACAGCAACUCCGCCGAUUCGCCUGGAGACGACAGGCAGGCCUUUCGCAGAGGGCCUUCACCCUGUGGGUCGCGGAGGUGGUAUGAGCAAGCGACCAGGCGGGAUGAGCUGGAGGAUGUCAAGGUGGGGAAACUGCCCCCACGGCACUUCGAGGCCCUGAAUGGCAAGGGAGGCAAUGCCAGAGAGGCAUGGGAUACCCCCCUUUCUCCCAGCAAAACUACCCAUGCUCAAGAUGGUAGUCCACUGCUGGGUCGCUGGUCUGUCUCCACCGCUUUGCGCUGUGGGAGUCAUCCUGAUGACGAGGGCACCCCCAGCACACGGGCAAGCUGGAGGCCGUCAAGGCCACGAGUCCCUGCAGAUGGAGAGGAGGCCGAGCCCAGGCACUGCCAGCAUCGGUGGGAGAGCCAGCUGCUCCCCACUGAGGGUGCAGGCUUCAACCCACUGAAGGCCGAGGCCUUCGCCUUUGCCGACGAGGAUGAGGAAAUCCGGGUAUAGUCCAGGACCUCAGAUUCUCCACUAAUUGAUUACCAGAUCUUGUCUUCAAGGAAAAUCCACCAAAAAAAAACUGCGGGUGCUGGAAAUCUGAAACAAAAAAGAGACAGAAAGCAUUCAGUAUGUCGGCAAGCACUUGUGGAGAGAGAAACAGCCAACAUUUCGGGUCCAGCACCGGUCAUCAGAACUGGUGUCUUUCUAGGGUUAUCUUAAAGGAUUUUUUUUAAAUUACUGCCUUUAUUGGUAAUACAUUGAAGCCACUUUUAAGAUCAUUCUCCAAAGAGAUGAACGAGGCAGGAAUGCAUUCUGUGGUAAGUGUGUCACCAAGGAACGUGCUUCUUGGUCUCAGUGGAGUUUGGAGGGACCGGCUGUUGUCUGAGGUUAUUCAUGGUGUCUCGGGCUCGGGAGGGGAACAGGUGGGUGUUGUCUGAGGUUAUUCAUGGUGUCUCGGGCUCGGGAGGGGAACAGGUGGGUGUUGUCUGAGUUAUUCAUGGUGUCUCGGG